AUGCGAUACAGCAACACAGCUAGAUUAGCUAUCCAGUAUACCGCCCUCACCUCAUCUGUCCUCAGUAUCAUCAGCUGCUCCCUCGCAUUUUACUGGUUCUGCCGCAUGAGGAAGCGCUUUCGGCACAAACUGAUCAUGCUACUGGUCCUUGGAGAUCUUGUCAGAGCCAUGUGGUACUUCGUCCAUGCGAUCGUGUCUGUCGGACAUGGAGCGAUCUCCACUUCGUCGCCGUUCUGCCAAACAAGCGGCUUCAUGGUUCAGUGGGGUACCGAGGCGACGGACUUGUCUAUCCUGUUCCUGUCUAUCCAUGGAGCCAUGCAGAUCCUGUUGCCCCUUUUCAGAGCUUCCAACUCUGACGGUCUCUUUCGAUGGAGGCACUGGGUUUACCUCUGCAUCCUUGGUAUCUCGACUCUGAUGUCGGGGCUCGCUUUCGUCAACCCACAUGAUGCUUUCGUGAACAAUGGCCCUUUCUGUUCUCUGCCCAUCAGACCCUUCUGGUACCGACUCGCGCUUGCUUGGAUCCCUAGAUACGUCAUCAUUUUCAUCGUCCUCGGUCUCGCUAUAGCAGUGUAUACCUAUGUCGCAUUUCAUUUCAGGUCUUACGAUGAGGCCGAGAGAAGAUCAUCGCUUCCCUCCUUAUCGCCAGAGGAACCAUCCCAGGUUACAGUCGGGUCGCACCACGAGGGACCGGACACUUCGAAUAGUCCUGGUGUGCCAGCUCUGGAGAAAGAGGAUCCCCCCCAGCAGACGGAUGACUUCGCUCAGGAGAAAGACGACUUCGCCCAGGAGACGACAGAUUUCGAUGCCUGGAGACCGGACUUCGUUCGGGCAGCGUCAGGCCGCAGGCCCUCCGUGGUCACAUUCCGAACGGACGACUCGAUCCCCACCGUCCCCAAACUAAAUCCGGAGGUUGGCAAGAAUGACGCGCAAUCUAAAUUAGGUGGGCUUGUCGACAGCAACAAGUCCCAGCACCGCAAGUCCACCACGAGCUUCUCGACGGCUCUCAGCAGGAGCACCUCCUUCUCCUUCUCCGAAUGCGCCACCGCAACCGAUCACACACGAGGCUCGAUAGUCGAGUGCAGCCUCCCAGAAGAUCCAUCCCGCCGUGGCAAAAGGGGCCGGGGCCGUCGCCGGGAUCCCGAGACAGCCGAACAGCGCAUGGCCCGCACGCGUGCCAACAUCCAGCGCCAGCUCGGUCUCCUCUUCAUCUACCCGGUCAUAUACGUCAUCCUCUGGAUCCCACCCUUUGUCUUCCAUUGCAUGCAGUACAAUGACUACUUGGCCCAGCAUCCGCCGGCCUCGCUGUCGACCGUCGUCAUCUUCUGCCUCACCAUCAUGGGCGCGGCGGACUCCUUUGUCUUCAGCCUGCGCGAACGGCCGUGGCGCAAGAUUCCCGGCACGGAUAAGAGCUUUCUUGGGAGCUUCCGCCCGGCGAAAACCCACAGGGAUUCUGAUGGUGAUGACGAGAAAAUUAUCACAGGAGAUGAUACGCCCUCGCCCUCUCACAUCUUCAAAAACCCCUUCAGCCGUCUCGCGUCGGGUCAUGGGAGCUUGAAUCGGGACAGCAGGAGCGAGCGGGCGGUGCUGGCGAGCGAGAUGGCGAAAGAGAGGUUGGCGGCUGAGCAGGCGGACCGGAGGGAGCGGACUAAGCAGCGCCAGGCAUCGGCUGCUGCUGUGGGCGAGGCAAGUACGGAGGAUGUGGUGACGCCGGGGCUUAGCAUGGCGGAGUCGAAGAACUGGUGGGAUCGGAGGGGAAGCUCGUGGGCUACCUGA